UAAAGAUACAUAUGAAAAUUCACACUGGUGAAAAUCUUUAUAAAUGUGAAAUUUGUAGUAAGCAGUUUACUCAACUAAGUAAUUUAAAGAUACAUAUGAGAAGUAACAGUGGUGAAAAACCUUAUAAUUGUGAAAUUUGUAGUAAGCAGUUUACUGCAAAAAAUAGUUUAAAUAAUCAUAUGAGAAUUCACACUGGUGAAAAACCUUAUAACUGUGAAAUUUGUAAUAAGCUGUUUAUUACAAAAGGUAAUUUAAAGAUGCAUAUGAGAAUUCACAGUGGUGAAAAUCUUUAUAAAUGUGAAAUUUGUAGUAAGCAGUUUGGUCAUCUAAGUGCUUUCAGUUAUCAUAUGAAAGUUCACACUGGUGAAAAACCUUAUAACUGUGAAAUUUGUAAUAAGCUGUUUAUUACAAAAGGUAAUUUAAAGAUGCAUAUGAGAAUUCACACUGGUGAAACACCUUAUAAAUGUGAAAUUUGUAGUAAGCAGUUUGGUCAUCUAAGUGCUUUCAGUUACCAUAUGAAAGUUCACACUGGUGAAAAACCUUAUAAAUGUGAAAUUUGUGGUAAGCUGUUUACUCAAAAAGGUGAUUUAAAGUGUCAUAUGAGAAUUCACACUAGUGAAACACCUUAUAAAUGUGAAAUUUGUAGUAAGCAGUUUGGUCAUCUAACUCAUCUAAGUUAUCAUAUGAAAGUUCACACUGGUGAAAAACCUUAUAAAUGUGAAAUUUGUGGUAAGCUCUUUACUCAAAAAAGUGAUUUAAAGAUGCAUAUGAGAAUUCACACUAAUGAAACACCUUAUAAAUGUGAAAUUUGUAGUAAGCAGUUUACUCUCUUCUCAUAUUUAAAGCGGCAUACGAGAAUCCACACCGGUAAAACUUCUUCUUCUAAUGGCGCUACAACCCUUUGUGAGUCUUAGGAAGAUUCGUAUUUAUCCGUUCGGGCAUCCGUUUCCGAAAAAUAUUGAUUUUAUGGUUUUAAAUAUGAACAGUUCAUACUGUCCAGAGCGUAUAGUAUCAGACAACUCUUUGUAAAAUCAGGUUUUUAUAUUUUUCGGAAACGAAACGCUACAUGCCCGAACGGAUAAUAUGAAUCUUCCUUUAGCCUGUUUAAGAAUGUUCUUCAGUGGCUACGCGUGACUUUUUCUAAAGUGUUUUCUAAACCAGAUGUAAAAAAAUCUUAUUUAAAAAAAUUAUUUUGAACCUCCCAAAUAUAUUGUUUUCAAUCCUGUGGGAUAAAAUUAAACAAAUCACUAUUCCAAAAUUAUAUGUAAUUAUAUGUAAUAGGUCAAAUAGCAUUUGUGGAUUACAAAAAAGCUUUCGACACCAUAGAACACACGGCCGUAAUAAACGCAAUACAAGAUUGUAGAAUAGACAGCGGAUAUAUUAACUUAAUAAAAGAAGCUAUCACCCAAA